AUGGCUGUAAAAGAUCAAGCCCAUGGCUACGAGUUUGGCGGCCCUCUGGGCGCCAUUGGCAUCUCGUUCGUCCUCCCCCUCGUCUGCUACGUCUUCGCUUUCCUCUGCAACGAUGUUUCUGGAUGCAUCCCACCAUCAUUGACCGAGCCCUCCACCCUUACACUUGAUCAACUCAAGAAAGAAGUCGGCUGGCCUGGUGUUACCGGCCUCCUCAACACCCAAGCUGUCGUCGCAACCUUUGGCUACUACAUCCUCAGUCUUGCCCUUCAAGCCUUCCUGCCCGCUCAUGAGGUUCAAGGUACUGUGCUCGCCUCAGGCGGUCGCUUGACCUACCGCUUCAAUGCCUUUGCCUCGGCCAUGUUCAUCCUCACAAUUGCUGCCGCCGGUACCUUCCUCCAGGGCGCCGACUUCCCUGUCUGGACCUUCAUCAACGACAACUACAUCCAGCUCUUGACCACCAACAUCCUCAUUGGCUACUUCUUGGCCACCUACUGCUACGUUCGCUCCUUCUCUGUCAAGCCCAACGACCUUGACAACCGCGAACUCGCCCAGGGAGGCACAACUGGCAACAUCAUCUACGACUGGUUCAUCGGAAGAGAACUCAACCCUCGCGUAACACUUCCCAUCUUUGGUGAGGUCGACAUCAAGGCUUUCAUGGAGCUGAGACCUGGUCUCCUCGGCUGGGUCUUGCUUGACCUGGCAUUUGCUGCUCGCCAGUACGGCACAUAUGGCACUGUCACCGACUCCAUGUACAUUGUCGUCGGCACACAGGCCUGGUACGUCCUGGAUGCUCUGUGGAACGAGCCCGCCAUCAUGACCACCAUGGACAUCACCACCGAUGGUUUCGGAUGCAUGCUUGCCUUUGGUGAUCUCGUAUGGGUUCCUUUCAUCUACAGCAUCCAGGCUCGCUACCUGUCCAUCCACGCCGUUCAGCUCGGUUGGGCCAAGGUUGCCUUUAUCAUGGCUGUUCAACUUACCGGCUACUACAUCUUCCGCUCGAGCAAUGGCGAGAAGAACAAGUUCAGAACCAACCCCAACCACCCCGAUGUCAAGCACCUCGAAUACAUUGAGACCGCUCGUGGAACCCGUUUGUUGACCUCUGGAUGGUGGGGCACUGCGCGUCACAUCAACUACCUCGGCGACUGGAUCAUGUCCUGGGCAUACUGCCUUCCUACCUGGAUGUCUGGUUACGUUGUGUACUCUGCCGCUCUCACCGGCGACAAGAUCGUCAGCCAAGGUCCUAAUGGCGAAAUGGCUGGCUGGGGCAUUCCUGUCACUUACUUCUACAUGCUCUACUUUGGCAUUCUCCUCAUCCACCGCGAGCGCAGAGACGAUGCUCACUGCCGUGCCAAGUACGGCAACGACUGGAAGCGCUACUGCGACAUUGUCAGAUGGAAGAUUCUGCCAGGUGUCUACUAG